UACAGUUUCGCGGCCUUCUCUCUGCCUCUGUGUGUGCCUGAUGGGUGUGACAUGGGCUCUCGCACUCCCAGUCCAGACGUCUACUCCCGUGCCGAACAUUAAGGUGGAGCCUGUGACAGAUGGACGGUCGCUGGCAACUUCUGAAGCGUCUCAAUCGGAGAGAACAUCUGAGAGCAGCUCUACAUCGCUCAGUCAUUCGGAGACCUUCACAUCGGAGAGAGCUCCUGAGAUCGUUACAUCAGAGGCAGCUAUUUCUACCGCCUUCCCAUUAGAGGCAUCUACUACAGAAAAGUCCAUUGCUAAGCCACGAACAAACAGUCAAGGAGAAGACUCGAAACUUGACUCAACAACAGAACAGGUCUCGAAAGAACCAACUGAUGAAGUACAAUGUGUAGCUGCCUGGGACAAAUUCUUGAUUGACUUUGGCGGCCGCUACCACAGUGAGAUUGAGAAGGAGAAGCGCCGCAAUGUGUUCUGCGACAACUGGCGAUUGAUAAGGAAGCACAACAAACUUUUCGAACAGCAUAUGGUACCUUACGAGAUGGACGUCAAUCAGUUCAGCGAUCUGACCUUCGAGGAAUGGCGACUAAAGCAAAUGCCACGCCCCGGUGUGAUGAGAGCUCCUGAGAUCGUCUCAUCUGAGGAAGCCAUUUCUGGCGCCAUCCCAUUAGAGGCAUCUACUACAGAAAAGUCCAUUGCUAAGCAAAGGAGUCAAGAAGAAGACUCGAAAGUUGACUCCACAACAGAGGUCUCGGAAGAGGCAAAUGAUCAAGUGCUAUGUCGGAUUACCUGGGAAAAAUUCUUGAUUGACUUUGGGGGCCACUACCACAGUGAGAUUGAGAAGGAGAAGCGCCGCAAUGUGUUCUGCGACAACUGGCGAUCGAUAAAGAAGCACAACAAACUUUUCGAACAGCACAUGGUACCUUACGAGAUGGACAUCAAUCAGUUCAGCGAUCUGACAUUCGAGGAAUGGAAGACUAAGCAAAUGCCCCGCCCCAGUGUAAUGAGAGCUCCUGAGAUCGUCUCAUCAGAGGAAGCUAUUUCUACCGCCUUCCCAUUAGAGGCAUCUACUAAUUCGGAGGAAAAUCUCCAGUCCUCCACAGAAAAAUCCAUAGUUAAGCAACCGACAAACAGUCAAGAAGAAGACUCUAAAGUUGACUCCACAACAGAGGUCUCGGAAGAGGCAAAUGAUCAAGUGCUAUGUCGGAUUACCUGGGAAAAAUUCUUGAUUGACUUUGGGGGCCACUACCACAGUGAGAUUGAGAAGGAGAAGCGCCGCAAUGUGUUCUGCGACAACUGGCGAUCGAUAAAGAAGCACAACAAACUUUUCGAACAGCACAUGGUACCUUACGAGAUGGACAUCAAUCAGUUCAGCGAUCUGACAUUCGAGGAAUGGAAGACUAAGCAAAUGCCGCGCCCGGUUGUCAUGGAUCGGGAUUUCUAAGGACUAAUUAAAUGAUUGCAAAUUCUA